AUGCGCCGGCUGGCAAACAGCGACGAAGAUGAAAUGUGCCUUGACUUGCUUGAGCGAAUGGAAACAAUCAAUGCAAAUGGUGGCAAGAUAUCUUCGAUGCCCCAUGCACUAUGGCACAACCAGGCCAUUCGGAAGGAAAGUGGCAAACGAAAAAGGGAACCUAGCCCAGAUAACCAAAGUGAAGAAGUAGAGCAAGCUAAGAAGCCCUCACUUGAGGAGGAUAGGCGGAAUCUUAGUCCAGUCUUGCCGGAAGAUUGUGUCCCCUCAGAAAGUUCGUCUUGGUUGGCGCCUCCUUCCCAACCUCCUCCAGAAUCCCAGCAUGAAUAUCAGGGAACCGGUGGGACUAACAGUUCACCACACACAAUAGACAUCGACCCAACAUUGAAUAAAGAUGAAUCUGCACCAUGGUUCACUGUGAUAGAGGAUAUUUUUACGGGAGAUGAACCCGUGGAGCAAUGGUUUCUCGAUUACAUACUCGAUCCGUCUUCGACUUUAUCGCCAGGAGGCGGUUUGGACCAGAUCCAUGGCUCGCAUGAAUUCCCUCAUAAGAGGGCAGCCAACGCUGUUGACCAACUACCUCCGAGUGGCAGUCCAAGGCCUGAACGCCAGAGUUCGGUUGCGCAUGGCAAUGCAGGCGGUGACGCGCAGCUGCCUGUUCGUGAAGGCAAGGAUGUGCAGGUUUACUCGGACCCCUCUGCAGUGCAUCCACGACCAAAAAGCGGCCUACCGAAGCUGCAAAUGCACCCACUUUCCCUGUUGGUAGAAAACUUUUCAGGGUUACAUGAUACUCCUUCGCAGGUUCCCCGAUUCAUUCCUCCCUUUGACAAGUGCAUAAUCGUAUACGAGCCUCAGCCUCUCCCAGGUGGAUCGCUCCCGUCAACGAGUCAGGUGCAGACCCCGGCGCCUAUGCAUGGUUUAAUUAGUAUCGACAACGAAUCAUUGGGAAAACACCGGUUCUUUCGUUUGCCAAAGGCCGAUUGUUCGCGCAAACUUAUUCCUUUUAAAGGCGGAUUGGUGGAAGCAAGUUAUGGACAGGAUUCUGUCAUUUCCUAA